CAAAAGCUCUACAGCGAACGCGCCCCAAGGGGACGCGGCUGCGCGGCGCGGGAGGGGAGCUGUCGCAUGCGUACGGACUGCAUUCCAGCCAGUAGUCCGGCCGCCGCCGCCCCGAGCAUAUGUGUCCACGCCGUUCCGCGUCCCACCCCCAAUACAAAGAACACCUCAGUAUUGUAAAAAAUCUGUGAUGUAUUGAUUAAUUCCAACGUUUUCGCUACGCUUAUGGAUUAAAGCGUUAUUAGUGAAGUGUUUAAACCAGUGUUUAGUCGUUUUAAAACACGUAUUCGAUCGCUUUAGAGCGGCCACGUACCAUGGAAUUUUGCUUUAUCGAUGAAUAGAAUCUCACAGCGGACAAGAAAUAUGGUGGACUCGCAGCGUUGAAAACGGAUUUGGUUGUGUUUUAUGUGUAAAGUGUUGUGUUUUUAACAUGGAAAGAGCGAGAUAAUGUGUUUGUGCAUGGAUUAUGGAUCGGUAGCGCCAGAGCGGAUGGAUGCUAAAUAAUAUUUCGAUCGGAUAAUGCUUUGGUGAACUAAAGGCUACAGAAUGGUGUCCCUCGGAUAUCUCGGGCUGCGCCAAACGCCGUGGACUGUAAUAGUGCUAAUAUUCUUCGUAGAAAGCGCUAUGGGGAACCUCGCAAAGAGUUUCUACAUCCAUUGGAACACAACUAACAGCAUAUUUAGAAUAGACAAUACAGAUCAUGUCUUCGAUUUGAAUAAUGGCAAUCCCCAAUUCGAAUACGACCAAGUUAACAUAAUAUGUCCUGUAUAUACUCCGGGGACUUUUGAGGAGGACACGGAGAAGUAUAUAAUAUAUAAUGUGAGUAAAGAGGAGUACGAUACGUGUAGGAUAACGAAUCCAAAUCCACGUAUAAUAGCUAUAUGCGACAAACCGCAUAAGCUGAUGUUUUUCACUAUAACGUUCCGCCCGUUCACGCCCCAACCAGGAGGCUUAGAAUUUCUGCCUGGGAAAGAUUAUUAUUUCAUAUCGACGUCAAGCAAAGAUGAUUUGCACAGACGGAUCGGCGGGCGUUGUCUAAGUCAUAACAUGAAGCUGGUUUUCCGAGUGUGCUGUAAGCCGGAGGAGCAGUCUCCUGUCCCUCCUCCGCAGCCUACGCCUCCUCCGCCUCCGCCGCCGCCUACAACUACUACCACAACAACAACAACAACAGUAAUGACGACGAUUAAGCCUAAGAAGACGCACAAGUACGACAAAUCGCCGAAUGAGGUGGUGAAGAGUGAGGAGCUGAGUUAUUCUCGUGGGGCGGCGCUGGCGUCUUCUCUGGCUCUAGCUUUGGCUGCUAGCGCGGUGCUGGCGCCCCUGGCUCGGUGAAUGUGCGCCCGGACGCGAGCGCCGCGCCCAGACCUCCUUGGCAAGCCAUGCCCCACACACACGACACAACUACACACGCUCCAUCUCCGCCCAGACUCCUUAGUCUACUCGUGAAUGGUUUGUGAACAGUGAACACUAAAGGUGAUUAGUAUAAGUGUAUUGGGCCUACUAAUUAAUCUAUACAUGGAGCUAGUUAUGGACUCAUUUAAAUAUAUAUAUAAUGUUAACAUGUAUAAUGGUAAAAUAGGUUUCUUAAACCAUUAGGUAUAUGCAUUUUUUUAUAUUUUCAUUAAUGCAAUGAAGAUUGAUUACGACUUAGAAUCGGAUAGGGAUUAGAACGAAUUAGGUAGUUUGUAUUUAGUUCGAAAGACAAUUUUUUUCCUGAAAAAAGUAUCUUAGAAAUUAUUUAUACGAAAAAAAAUAAGGGGCAAGUUAUGAAAUUGUCCAGAAAUACUGUGAUUUUGGUUUUAUUUAGGAUGUAAUUAACUCAUUAUGCUUUUAUUAUGUGAUAUAAGUCUACAUAUAUUGAAAAAUGCAUAGUUUCGCCUCCGAAUAUACUUUCUUUAACGACUGAUUUUGCAUUUCUGCUUUUUAUAGAUAAUUUAAAACGAGCCAACUAUAUAGUAAUAUCAAUAACUGCCUUUGCUCGAUAUAAAAACUAAUUUAACACCACAAGUCUUGUAUAAACACCUGAAAUAAUGACCAAGACUUGAUAUAAAAUUCAAUGGUUUAAACACUUUAAACGUUGAUACUCAAAGUUCCUCAACUUUAGUUUCGAAUAAAAUUUCACGUUUUAACUGAGUCUUCUAUUCUCCUAAAUAUCAUUAAUGUCUUGAAGAAGAUUCUAUCAAAGAAAUAUAUGUUUUCUAUGAUACGGAACUUAAUAUAUGAAAAGACAUAACACUAAUCUGUUGAAUUAUAUUCUAGAAAGCAAUUUCUAAAUAAUUAUAUUAAAUUAUGGAGAAACAAGACUUAGUUUUAACUGCUUGAGUUUAAGAAAUUGUGGAAUUUCGUCCAUCAUAAUAGCAUCCCUGUCAAACUAUUUUUCUAAGGCUUGCUAUUCUAAAUAUCAACAAAACCAUUGUUAAGAUCACAGCAUUUAGCACACCGUGCCAUGAGUGUGUCGACAGACAAACAUACAGAUAGUCAAAUAGUUGAAUAGUUCAAAUAGUCCGGGUUCUGUUAGCCAUACGCAUCUAGACAGAUAAUUUAGGUAGACAUUAAGAACGGAACUGUUGGAUUUUAAACUAUACUGGAAAAUACCCAUUGACAAUAAAGACAAACAGGCCUAAAACGAAUAUU